UCUCGGCAUCCUCUGCACGGCCGUACAGCUGCGUUGCGAACGCUGCGCGACGCAUCCAGCCGCUCAGGGCCUCUGCGUCGACGGCGAAGCGCCGCGUGAGCCAGCGAUCGUGUAAGUGCUCGCUGCUGCCGAGAAGACGCUUAACAUGGGGUCGGCCAUGGGCAAGAAGAAGAAAAAAAGCAAGAAAAACAAGGGAGGCAUCACGGCCCAGGACCGCGCCGUCCUCGACCUCAAGAACGCGCGUGAUAAACUCAGAAGGUUCCAGGCGAAACUCGACGCGGAGUCCGAGCAAUUAACAACAAGAGCAGCACAAUUGUUGCGGGACGGGAAGAAGGACCGCGCUUUACUAACUUUAAAGUUCCGGCGAUUCCGCCAAGACAAAGCCAAUCAGGUGGACGGCCAGUUAUUACGUCUAGAAGACAUGGUCAGCGCGAUCCGGUGGGAGGAGCGCCAGUCAGAAGUUAUAAGUGCUUUACGAGAAGGCACGGACGCCCUCAAAAGGUUACACGAGGACAUGGGCGACGUCGCGGCGCUGAUGGACGAGACACAAGAUCAGCUCGAGAUGGAGCGCGAGGUGUCCGCGCUGCUGAGUGGGGAGACAACGGAUGAUUCGGACUUGCUGGCGGAGCUGGAUGCCAUGGCGGCGCCUGUCUUAGAUCUGCCGGCGGCGCCGUCGUCGUUGCCGGCGGCGCCCGUCGGCCUGCCGGCGGCGCCUUCAUCAGUGCCGGCGGCGCCGCGGCGGCCGGAGCGCGUCGCCGUGCCCGCGUGAUCAAAUCAAAUUCCACUAUGCCUCCGUGCCUGUGCGCCAUUCGACGCGACCGUCUAAAUUCUGUGAUACACAAA